AUGCCCACUAUCGCAGUGGUGGCUGAUGCCUCUUCGGCUAAUGGAAAAGCAUUGAUUGAGCUGCUCCCGCAAAUUGCUGAGAAGGCAACGUGCUUAGUCGGCAAUUCCCUGGCUGAGUUCAUGGACCUGAAGAGCUUAGCAGAAGUGGACGUUGUCGUGCUGGCAGUGUUUGCUUCUGGAAAUCCUACGGUAAUCGCCGACCUGUGGCCGCACAUCACCAAUGUGAAGUGGAUCCACAGCCUGGCCGCAGGCGUCGACACACUCGUGCCUGUCCUCAACUCUCUGCCGGGCGGCCCGGAGAUUCCGCUGACCAACGCCAAGGGAGCCUUCUCAAGAUCCUUGGCCGAGUACUCCCUUGCAGCUAUGCUGCACUUCAACAAGCAAAUACCAAGACUGCAGAGUAAUCGGGUUACGAAGACUUGGGACAAGUUUAUCAUGAAUGAGCUGCACGGGCAAACGGUGGGCUUCAUCGGCUUUGGCGACAUCGCGCAAUGCACGGCUCGGCUUUGCAAAGCUUUCGGCAUGCAGAUCCUUGCUUGGAGGAACACCCGGGGAGCUCCCGGUGAGGAGUUGGCUGAUAAAGUCUUCUACUCCAGCGACGGAGCAAGUGCAAAGCAGGAUGUCUUCAAGCAGUCAGACUAUGUGAUUUGCACGCUGCCUGGCAGUGCUGCAACAUACCACUGCUGCGGUGCAGACGAGUUCAAGGCGAUGAAGCCCACCUCCAUCUUCAUCUCCAUGGGUCGAGGUUCAUGCGUGGAUGAGGCUGCCCUGGUGGCAGCGUUGAAUGGCGGCGAGCUUGCAGGAGCGGCCCUGGACGUCUUUGAGAAGGAGCCGCUGCCACCAGAUGCUGCAGUUUGGAGCUGCGAAAACCUGUUGCUAAGCCCGCACAACGCUGAUCUUACGAGCACGUACAUGCAGCUGACCUGGGACCUGUUUCGGACUCGCUUAGAUGAGUUCACUGCAGAGGCAUUCUCUGGUUUCACGAGUCUCGUCGACAAGACAAAGGGCUACUGA